AUGUUGACGACGCCUAUGGAGAAGGAUUUCGACUCGAAGCCCAGCAGCAACUACUCGGCAGAUCCGAAGGAGACGCCAGCACAGGAGGGACAACCGAUUAUCGACUACAAUACCCGAAAUGCUGGCGAUGACAGGGAGGCGUAUGCUGAUGGAGAUGUUCUGGUCCGUGCCCCAUUGCAGCGUCGCCUCAAAGGCCGACAUGUGACCUUUAUAGGAUUCGGAGGAGGUAUCGGUGUUGGUGUAUAUGUUGCGAGUGGUGCGGCACUUGCGACCGCAGGUCCGGCUGGUCUCCUGUUGGCCUACGCUCUGGUCGGCACGGUAACGUGGGCGUUGAUGCAAUCUGUGGGCGAAAUAACCACGCUUUUGCCUUCUGCGGGUAAUUUCCCUUACUUUGCGACACUAUUCGUCGAUAGGUCACUAGGUUUUGGAAUGGGCUGGAACUACUUUCUCGGUUCCGGUCUUUCAGUCGCUUCAGAGCUGUCGGCGGCUGCUGUCCUCAUUGGGUACUGGUCUUCAUUGAAUUCGGCCAUCUGGAUUACCGUCUGCCUAGUGCCCAUGAUCGCUGUCAACUUUGAGUCCGUGAAAUGGUAUGGCGAGACUGAAGUCGUUACCGCGAGUAUCAAAAUCAUCACUUUCGUUGUUUUGAUCAUCCUUGGUAUCAUUCUCGACCUGGGAGGUGGGCCCAAGCACGACAGGAUCGGGUUUAGGUAUUGGAAUGACCCUGGCGCGUUCAACACGUAUCCGGGCGUCACUGGAUCUCUUGGUCGCUUUUUGGCAUUCUUCAACACCUUUAUCAAUGCGGCCUACUCGUAUACCGGGGGUGAAGUGGUCAUUCUUGCCGCCGCCGAAUGUACCGAUCCUCACAAGCAAAUCCCGAGAGCUGUUCGCAGGGUCGUCUACCGAAUUGUCUUCUUCUAUGUCAUUGGCGUUAUCAUCAUCGGCAUGCUGGUCCCCUACACCGACUCCCGUCUUACUGCUGGUACGGGCAACGCCGCCUCUUCUCCCUUCGUUGUCGCCAUUGAGAACGCCGGAAUCUCCGUCCUUCCCUCCAUCUUCAACGCCGCCGUCCUCAUCAGCGCCUGGUCUGCCGGAAACACCUACAUCUACGCUGGAUCCCGAUCCCUCGUCGCCUUGUCCUUGAGUGGACACGCGCCAAGGUUCUUGUCAAAGGCGAGCAGAAAUGGUAUCCCGUAUUGGUCGGUGGCAUGCACCUCGGCAUUUGGAUUCUUGGCCUACCUGAACAUCACCGCUCUCACCUAUCUCCUUACCUGGGGUGCUCUCUGCUUCACAUACAUCAGAUUCUACGCUGCGCUCAAAAGCCAGGGCAUUAGUCGGGAUUCGCUUCCUUGGAAGAGCAUGUUCCAGCCCUACCUGGCGUGGUACGGGCUGCUCAUGUGCACCAUCAUCGUCUUGUUCAGUGGAUUCCCAGUGUUCAUGAAGGGAAACUGGAACGCGUCCGACUUUGUGGCAAACUAUAUCAGUAUCCCAUUGUUCUUGAUUCCCAUCGCUGGCUGGAAGAUCUAUAAGAGAACCAAGAUGGUCAAAGCUUCGGAAGCUGACCUUUACACUGGAAGACUUGAGGCGGAUUAUGAGGUCCCAGACAAACCGCCUACCACUUGGUGGGGCAAGUCCCUCGAUUGGUUACUGUAA